UCUUCUUCUUCUUCUUCUCUUUCUUUGACUUUAGCUUCUGUUUCACAAUGUCGUCUUUGGCUGCGCAGCUCAAGCGCAUUGCGGUGCCGUCGCUGGUGGCUGCUCAGGUGGAUGUUGCUGCGUCUGCCAAGAGUGCCUCGGCAGCCCGCGCGACUGGCCGCGCCUCCAUUCUGUACGACGCGCGCAAGGCGGCCGAGACUGAGAACGCGCUCGUGUACGCCACUGGUGUCAACGGGAUGGCUGAACUGAUCCAGCUGAGCCCAGAUACUUUUAGCACCCAGGACCAAGCGUACCAGCUCUUGUUUGGCCCCGCUGCACCUUCGUGCGAUCGCACACUGCAGACGGCCGAGGAGAAUGCUCGGCUGGACGAGCACAUUGACCGCUUCCUGCGCGACUUGUCGCCGUUUGUCAUGCUCAAGCCUGCUCAGAAGGCCCUCGAGUGGCUGGUGCGACGAUUUCGAAUCAACGAGUACAACAUGGACGAGUUGGUUGCUGCCGUGCUGCCAUACCACGACACGCAUCUCUUUGCUCGCGUAGCAGCGAUUCUGCCGCUGCGACAAACAGCUGCCAUCGACUCUGUGCGCGCACGUGCUGCUCCGGGCUCCACGGCAGCAGACGCUUCGCAGCGCAUGGACUGGACUUGGCUUCGGGCUGUGCAAAAGAGUGCGCACUCCAUCGACCGGCCAACGCUCGUCCAGCGCUGCCUGGCUGAUCCUGCGCUUUACCGCUUCAUUGCCACCACUGUGCACCGUGCAAUCGCUCAUGCUGCUGCGUCGCAGGCGCCCAAAGCGCUCAUCUCCUUUUACGCCGCCACGACCAUCGCCAUGAUUGAGAGCUGCCCCAAAAUCACGGACGACUUUGUGCUGCUCGUCGCGCCCUUCAUUCGCGAUGCUCUCAAGUCUCGCUUGCAUCCAGAGUUCCGAAUUGCUGCAAUCAUGACGGCCACCCAGCUGGCAGUUGCCACUCCGCUCUCCCCGGCUCUGAUUUCUGCGUUUGUGACUGGCGUUGCCCAGGCCCCUCUGCUCAAAAACACGUCGGCUGUUGCGCGCAUUGCCCUGGUCAGCAGCGCGCUCCCAGCACUCGUCAUCCUUCAAUCUCAGUCUCGCGCCGCUUCGCUCGCGCCCGCCGUUGUUGCUGCUUUGGCUCUGUACGAUUCAGCCGAGGCGCAGCUUGUGGCGCUUGCGAGCACGCAUGAUCUGACCGCUUUUCUCCAAGCACUCCUCGCCGGCGCACUCGCCGUCCUUACAUCCGUCCAGGACGACACUUCUUCCGCUCGUGACGAAGCCAAUGACAUGGAUGCCGGCGAUGCCACAGCCGUUUCCGCGCAGCGCGCCAACCGCGUUGUUCGCCUGAUUGCUGCACUUGUUGCUCAGGUCGAGCUUGCUGACUCGGACGUCUCCUUGAUCGUUCAGCGAGUGCUUGAGGCGCUCGUGAGUGCUCGUCGCGCGCACCAGCCCACACUGCCCUCCACCACCAAGUCCAAAAAGCAGCUCGCAACCGCUCAGCCCAGCGAAGCACACAUGAGCGAACAAGAGCGCCACUUUGCCUCGAUUCUUGUCGCUUUUGAGCGCAAGCAUCCCGAUGUAGUCGACACUGCCAUCAGCCGCCUCCUCGCAGCGGCCACAACCCCUUCCGACAAGCAAUGGCUUGCGCAGCUUGUGUCAACCUCAUUCAGUGCCACGGCUCGUCGCCAAAUUGUCCUCGAUGGUGCUGGCACCCUCUUCCUGUCUCUGGAAAGUCCCAAUCCCGAAAUCCGCCUCGCGGCCGUCGAACAGCUGGCCACUUUGACUCUGGCUGCCAAGCGCACCCAUGCCCCGCCGCUGACCAUUCUCGACGAUGACUCGGACAGCCGUGACGAUGCGUUCAUUGCCCGAUCUUUGCUCGCAAGACUUGGCGACGACAAUCUCGCCAUCGCCCACCGCGUUCUCGAGCUCGGAAGUGGUCUUGUCAACGCUGUUCCACAACAGCCUUUGCUCGGUUCGCUAGCCCGCCUCCUUUCAAAGGUGGCAUCGGCGUCAUGCAAGUCAUCGGAUGCGCAAAGCGCUCAACGCAGCAGCGAACUUGUCUUUGGUGUUUUGCUUGGCGGCCUGCUUCCCGCUGCUCCCGAAUCCCUCAUUGCCACCCUGACCAUGGCAUUGCCGUUUUCGAUUGCAACUGCGUGCUCUGUCUCCGUGCUGUUGGGCUUGUUGCGUGCAGUGCACACGCACAUCAAGGAACUCAGGCUGGUGGAUGCCUUGUUCGUUGAGCUCGAUGCAAUCGCGGCUGAUCUGAGCGCUGACAUUGCUGCCUUGUCAUCGGCCACACUGGCGACGCUUGCAUCCAGUGCCGAGCACGCUCAGCGUCGCUCACAGCUUUCGUCGCGCGUGUGCCGUGCUUUUGCAGCCGUUGCGAGUGCAUCAUCCCCUGCCUCAGCCGUCAGUGCUACUCCCAGAUCUGCCAAGAAGGGAGCAUCACCGACGAGCAGCUCCUUGUUGGACCAGAAGACGCUUGCUGAGCUGUGUGUUCAGCUUGUUGCCGGCGGCCAAGCUACAAUGGAUGCCUGUGCUCUUGCGCGCGCUUUGUCAACCGAGACGCUGCCCGCCUUCCUGCAGCGUGCUGUUGCGGCAGUCGGUGUCCUGGUUGCGCUUGUUGAAGCCAGUGGCGACUCGUCCGCCACGCAUGCUGCCAUGCUGCGCAUCACUGAGCUUUUGCUCACUCCCGAUCUGUGGCUGGCCGUCCAUGGCGCCCCAGGUGCCUCCGGCCGUCACACACAGAGCGGUCUUGCGGUUUCCGAUGUGUUUGGCGCUGCACUUGCGCUUCUCGACUCUGGCAAACGUCUUGAGCUUUCGACUGCGCCUGGCUCGCAGCUUCCUGCGCUGGUCGAUGCGUUGGACCAUCUUUUGUCAGGUGCUUUGCAGCACUCGUCGGAGGAAGCAUUUGUGCGCACAGUCUUCCAGCUCUUGGCCUCCAAUCCUGCCCCAAUCAACCUGUUCCAUCGCACCAUGCGCGCUCUCGUGGGCCAGCACUUGGCCUCGCCCAUGUCAUUUUUGACGUCCACCUGGACCACAGACCUGUUUGCCUCUGCGAGCUCUCAGUCAAACGCCUUGCUGCAAGUUCGUGCGCUGCAUGUGAUGCGUGCGUUCAUUGAGACUGCUGCAAGCUCCACCCAGCAAAGUGCCGCGUGCGAUUUCCAGGCGUACUUGCCACAUCUGCUUGUGGCGCUGUCCAGCGCCGAGCGGAUUGUCCGUGCCGCCGCCAUGCAAUGUUUGCGCGUGCUGGAUGAACGAGCUGCUGCGGCGCGUGAGCUCAAGUUCUGGCGAAUGUACGAAGCCGAGUCGUCGUCGCAGCUGCGCCACUUCCUCACUGCUGAGCAGUAUGUGGCCACGCUUGCUCAGCUUCUUGCGCAGCGGGAAGAGUUUGUCAACGAUCCCAGCCACGUUCUUGCGUUUGUUGCCUCGUGCGUCCAGCUCGACUUGGUCGAAUCUGCUUCCCUGCGCGACGUGCGCUCCUCGUCCAAGGGAUCCUCCUCAAAGCGUCCUGCUGCUGGUUCCUCCGGCGACUCUGCAACUGGUCCUCUCAUUCUUGCCUACGUCCUCGAGCGCGCUGUCAAUGUUUUUGACUUGACCAGCCUUGCUGGUGUUGCUUCCACCAGUCUUCUCAUCAAGUCGGUGGCAAGCGUGGAGCACCCACAAAAGGCAGUCAUGUUGGCUCCUCUGCUCGUUCGUGUUGUGCAAGAAGCUGGUCGACUACUGCCAGAUGCGGCCGCUCUCCGACACGCACUCGAGCAGCUUGCGUCGCUCAUUCUGUCAUCCUCGUUUGGCGUUCCGUUUGGUGCUGCUGCUCAGCUCUGGGAUGCCAACGUUGCUGUCGCUGUGGAGACAACCUCGGACGUGCCUCGGCUGGUGGCGACCUCCGCCUUGGCUGCGUGGAACAAGGGGCAAACCGACAGUCCUUCCAUUGCUUUCUUCAUCGCCCUCUGCUGCCCCUUGGUGGCGGUCAAGGCAGCCGCUCUGCAGCAGUUGAUUGCACGCAGCAUGUAUGCCUCGAUGCCAACGACUUGCCAGCGAUUGAUUUUGACCAUCGCGUUGGACGCCAUCGUGUCGUCUGGCAGCGAUCUGGUGGGCGACAGCGCCAAGCAAUUCAUUCGCGAGCUGCCCAUCUCUGCCUCGCUGUUUGCAAACGAGCUUGAGGCUCUUGGCGCAGUCCGCCAACAAUCAUCCUCGCAAGUGGUCGCGCCUUCGCCCGCCCCAGCAGUCCAGAGCAGCAACAAGCGCGCCCGCACUGACGAGGACGGCUCGCGAGCACCCUUGACGGGAGCGCCGUCUGUUCUGGUUGUGCUGCAUCGUGUCACUGCUGCUGUCGAGUCUCUCCAGUUCAAAUCUGUGGCCAAGCCGCAACGGCUUGUGCAGCCGCUGUUUGACUUGCUUGAAGAGAGCAUGACGUUGGAAAUGUUGGAUCACAUGUCGCUCGAGUACUUGAAGCAGCUCGUGCUCGGCGCGCUCUCCAAGAUCACCUUGGACGUCCUUGCCAGCGCCAAACCGUCCGCCGCGCAGGACGACAUGGAGGUGGACGUGGAUGGCGAAGAAGAUGACGCUGAUGAGGAUCCCCGCGCGUCGGCGCUUUCUCUGCAGCUUCGCAACCAACCGCUCCAUCCAUCGGGCCUGCAUGCCAAGCUGUUCCGUGUUGAUUUGGUCGUGCAGUGUAUUCGCACCACGUCCAAUCCUCAGACACAGCAUCAGGCUCUCCAGCUGCUCGCAGCCGUUGCUCGCCCACAUCCGCAACUGGUUUUGCAGGACAUUAUGCCGCUUUUCACUUUCAUGAGCGCAAAUGUUGUUCGGCAGGAUGACAGCCAAUCUUUCCAAAUUCUCCAGCAGACAUUGGAGGCCGUCAUCCCUCCGCUUGUGGACAGCACCUCGUCCAGCACUGCCAUCUCGGUCAUCAAGGUCUUUGUGGGUGCUGUGACGCACAUUCCCGACCACCGCCGGCUCCGUCUCUUCACACAGCUGGUGGCCACGCUUGGUGAGCGCUAUCUUGCUGCCGUCUGCCUUCUCCUGCUGGAUCAGCGCAGCAGCACCAACACUGCGCUUUCCACUGCUACGCCAGGAGGCAAUGCGGCCGUCGCCACUGCCAGCCCAGCCUCGGGCAUGCCGCCGCCCUCUCCUCUGCUGUUCUCGCCCUCGAUUGCCAAUCUGUCGACGCGGGACACGUUCGAGUUUGCGCAAACCCUGCUGCAGCAGUUUGACUGCGCUGCGCAGCUUGACGCGUUGGCAGAAAUGCUCGAAACAGCCACCACCCUGCCGUUCGAGGUGUCUUCCACUGGCAGCAACGGCAGCUCUGCCCCAGCUGCCGCACCCAAGGCUGGCAAGGGAUCCAAGCAGAGCGCCCGCCAGAGUGCUGCUGUCGAGACGCACUCGGCCAUGCUGGCAGAGUUGGUGUGUGUUCGCUCGUCUCGCCAGCUUCGCAUCUUCAAGCAGGCUGUGGUGUCGACGGCUGCAUCGCUUCUGGCUAGCAAACCAUUCCUGGGUCGACUGGCACAACUGCAAGCGCAAAACAAGAAUGCCUUGCAAGACCAGUUCAUGCACAGCGUCGAUGCUGUUCUCAAGUUUGCCACGCAGCUGGGUAGCCACAUGCAAGAGUUGCACUCGGGCGAGCAAGCCGGCAAGCCGUCCUCUGCAUCCCUUUCGCUCAAGUUUUGGAAGGCGGUGCUCGGAGCGGCUUACGACCUGCUGGACACGAUUGUGGCCCUCCUUCCAGUCGCGUCCUUUGUUGCCGCGGCACGUGGCCUCUUGACUCACAAGGACGCCAACGUGCGUCGCAAGACUCUGCAGAUUUUCAACGAGCGCGUCUCCUUCAAAAUGGACAAUGCUGACGUUGCAAUCUUUGUUGGGACGGCUGGCCAUCUUGUGGAGCUUGUUUCCACCGUCAAGAACAACAAGGGCUCCCUUGCCGACGAUGCUGCUGCAAUUCCGCAAACGGCCCUUUUGUGCUUGGACUCGCUUGCCAAACGCUUUGCGCGCAGCCACCCGGACAGCUUCCUGUCUGCAAUCCCGGCAGUGCUUGAAGCGGCUAGCACGGCGCCGCCGGCUGGUGCCAGUGGAAAGCAAAAGGCGGCCCAACUGAGCCUCAGUGCCAGUGCUUUUGUCUGCGUUGCAACCUUUGUCAGCGAACUUGGCGUUCGCAUGAUGCCCCAUGUCAACCAAAUUAUGGGUCUCGUGCUGGAUCGCUUGCGACUCGUGCUUGACACUGUGUCGUCUUCGCUGUCUCACACGGACAGUGCACCCACUUUGCUCGUGCUGAGCUGUUUGGGUGUGUUGCAAAGUGCGCUUGGCUCCUUGGCUCAGUUCCUCAGUCCGUUCAUGGGCAAGCUGAUUGCCGUUCUCUCGCACGCCAAACUCGAAAGUGCCGCAGUGGCGUCGGCAGCAGCUCCUGGAUUGGCUGCCUCCGGCACCCCAGCGGGCGUCGCGCGGACCUGCAACCGCAUCGUGAUGAAAGUGGAGGAGCUGGUCAAGAUUAUGCCAGCAACCGUUCCGACGCGCAUUCUCCUUCCUGCACUGCUGGCUGCAGGUCAGCAACCAAUGACGCUCACUUCAGCGUCUCCCGCCACCGUGCUGUCCCACGGUCACGCCUUUGCUGCAGUUUGCCGUAUGCUGUCUAUCGCGCUUCCUGGAAUUCCGCGCGACGAGCUGCAUGCCCAAAUCAAACCUCUCUCGCGAUUCUUCCUGACGGCCUUCAACUGGCGAGCGUUGGUCCAACCUGCCACCUCUGCCGAUGCCGUCGCGCACCAUCAGCUCGUCAUUGCGGAGGAUUCUCUCAUCCAGGCGUUCGCCAGCCUUGCGUUGAAGCUGAGCGAAAGCCAAUUCCGCCCCGUCCUUGUGCAAGUUGUCGAAUGGGCCCUUGUCACUCCUGCAGCCGUCACUCUUGCCGUUGUCGCCCGCCGCAUUACGCUGUACCGCCUGAUGACCGCACUGUCGGAGCGCUUGCGAAACCUCUUCACUCCCUUCUUUGGCCUGGUGUGGACGGAUCUUGUCAAGGUUCUCGACAACCAACUCUUUGCCUCGCAAGAGCUACGCUCUGAUCGCGCUGCUUCGGAGUUGCUGGAUGCAGCUCUCGUCGCGUUGCACAAGUGCUUCUUGUUCGAUAGCGACAAGUUCGUGGACAAGGAGCGGUUUAAUGCCAUUGUGCCUCCGCUCGCUGCUCAGAUCGGAUGCCGUGUUGGUGGUGCCCAGUCACAUCGCGAGCGCGUUUCAUCCAUCCUGGUUCCCUGCAUUGGUCAGCUCGCAGUGACUGUUGCCGACGAUAGUCUCUGGAAGUUGCUCAACCAUCAAGUCAUGUCGUACUCGCGAGACACUUCCCCCGCGGUUCGCUUUGCCGCCCUCAAAGUGCAGCAAGAGUUUUACGCUCGUCUUGGUGACGAGUUCCUCAUUCUGGUUCCUGAAACAAUCCCGUACCUUGCCGAGCUCAUGGAAGACGAGAACGUGGAGGUCGAAAAGCUGGCUCAAGAGGUCAUUGCCACGAUCGAGUCUCACCUUGGCGAAUCGUUGCAACAAUACUUUUAACCGCUCUGUCUUGGCUUAUGGGUUAUGUUGUUCGAACAAAUCAUUUGCACCAGA